AUUGACAGUCAGCGGGUGACGCGUUUUCGUCAAAUAUUCCAAUAUUUUGGUUACAAAUAGAUAAAUGCGUUCUAGUGAUGUGUCCUAUUUAAAUCGCAGUGCAUACUACGACUAACUUAAAUUUACGCUCAAAAAAUGCGUAAAAAUGGUUCUUGAGUGAUCAUGGAAAAAUACCCUUUGAAGAGAACAGGACUAUCGUCUCCACAUAAUUCGCCUACUUAUCAGGCAGUAAACAAAAAGCUUCUAAAAUCAAUAAACUAUAGGAAAUUGGUCUAGACAGGGGAAAGGUGUGCUUAAAAGAUUAAAAAAGAGCUGGCAGUGUUACUUUAAACUUGUAGUCCAUUGAAGAUAUGUUAGACGAAUACAAAAUGGACUCAGGCGAAGAAAAUGAGCCUUUGAUGCAAUAUACGAACGGUUCAAGAGCCACGUACACAGCAAAUGACGAUAUGAUUGAUAUUUCCACAUCCGGGUCUGGGACAGCUGGGGGAGACAGGAGCGCCAGGCUGGGUGAGGAUGAAGAUGGACUGUCACAUUAUUCAGUUGCAUUUGGUGGAGGAGUACAAGAAAGUGCCGACAUCCCCGGCAUCGGGCAGUACGACGACUUCCACACGAUCGACUGGCAGCGCGACAUCGCGCGCGACCGCAUGCGCCAUCGCUACAUCGUCAAACGCAAGCAGGACUCGAUAUGGAACCUGCUGGAGGGCGCGCACGACGCCUGGUCUGGCUGGCUGUGCGUGCUGGCCGUCGGCCUGGUGACCGGCGCGGUCGCCGGCGUCAUCGACAUCGGCGCCAGCUGGAUGACCGACCUCAAGUUCGGCAUCUGCCCGCAAGCGUUCUGGCUGAACCAGGAGCAGUGCUGCUGGUCCUUCAACGAUUUCGAUACCGGCAACUGCACUCAGUGGUUAACAUGGGCCCAAGUCUUGGGUACAUCCAAAACGGGAGCAGGAGGGUACAUAAUUUCCUACCUAUUCUACGUGGUAUGGGCUCUCCUUUUUGCUGCCCUUUCUGCAAGUUUGGUGAGAAUGUUUGCUCCAUAUGCUUGCGGGUCUGGUAUUCCCGAGAUAAAAACAAUUCUCAGCGGAUUUAUCAUAAGAGGCUAUCUGGGCAAAUGGACGUUGAUAAUCAAAAGUGUUGGUUUGAUACUGUCCGUAUCGGCAGGCCUUAGUCUUGGAAAGGAAGGUCCCAUGGUACAUAUUGCCUGCGCUAUCGGCAACAUACUAUCGUACCUGUUCCCAAAAUACGGCAGAAACGAAGCUAAAAAACGCGAAAUCCUGUCAGCUUCGGCAGCUGCGGGUGUUUCCGUAGCCUUCGGAGCGCCUAUAGGUGGCGUUCUUUUCAGUUUGGAGGAGGUCAGCUAUUAUUUCCCCUUGAAAACGCUGUGGAGAUCGUUUUUUUGCGCCCUUAUAGCCGCUUUCAUCCUACGCUCAAUAAACCCCUUCGGAAACGAACACUCUGUAUUGUUUUACGUGGAGUAUAACAAACCGUGGAUAUUUUUCGAGCUUAUACCGUUUAUCGGUCUAGGAAUUAUAGGGGGUGUCAUUGCCACAAUAUUUAUUAAAGCCAAUCUGUACUGGUGUAGAUACAGAAAAUUCUCGAAAUUGGGGCAAUACCCAGUCACUGAAGUACUUGUAGUAACUGCUCUUACAGCAGUUAUUGCUUACCCAAAUCCUUACACAAGAAUGAACACUAGUCAACUAAUUUAUUUGCUGUUCAGUCAGUGCAGUAUCUCAAACUCUGAUAAUCUAUGCGAUUACAACCGUAACUUUACCGACGUAAAAUCCGCUAUAGACAUAGCGCCGGCGGGUCCCGGAGUGUACGAGGCCAUCUGGCAGCUAAUGCUGGCGCUCGUCGUGAAACUGGUGAUGACCAUCUUCACCUUCGGCAUGAAAGUGCCCUGCGGCCUUUUCAUACCCAGCCUGUGCCUGGGCGCCAUCACCGGCCGCAUCGUAGGCAUCGGCAUGGAGCAGUUAGCCUACAACUACCCCAAAAUGUGGUUCUUCAGCGGGGAAUGCUCCACGAGCGACGACUGCAUCACUCCGGGUCUUUAUGCCAUGGUGGGGGCAGCGGCGGUGCUGGGGGGCGUGACCAGGAUGACCGUCUCCCUGGUCGUCAUCAUGUUCGAGUUGACCGGCGGUGUGCGGUACAUAGUGCCGCUCAUGGCGGCCGCUAUGGCCAGCAAGUGGGUGGGAGAUGCCCUCGGCAGACAGGGCAUCUACGACGCCCACAUAGCCCUCAACGGCUACCCCUUUUUGGACUCGAAAGACGAGUUCCAGCACACGUCGCUUGCGGCCGACGUUAUGCAGCCAAAGAGAAACGAAACUUUAAGCGUCAUAACGCAAGAUUCCAUGACUGUGGAUGACAUUGAAGCUUUACUAAAAGACACAGAACAUAAUGGUUACCCCGUGGUGGUUUCGAGAGAGUCGCAAUACCUGGUGGGAUUUGUAUUAAGAAAAGAAGUUAAUUUAGCCAUAGCAAACGCAAAACGAAUGGUGGACGGCAUCUGCGGGCAAUCGCUCGUAAUUUUCACCAGCGGCAACCCGCCCCAGACCCUGGGACCGCCGCCACUGAAGCUGAAGAAAAUCUUGGACAUGGCGCCCAUCACCAUCACGGACCAAACGCCGAUGGAGACCGUGGUCGACAUGUUCAGAAAGUUGGGGCUGCGGCAGACGUUGGUCACUCAUAACGGCCGACUAUUGGGCGUAAUAACCAAAAAAGAUGUGCUGAGGCAUAUCAAACAAAUGGACAAUGAAGACCCAAACUCAGUUCUUUUUAACUAAUUUUUUUGUUUAUAUUUUGUAUAAUAUAGCUUACUUUGUAUAUUAUUUACCUUAUACAUACGUACAUUCAUUAUUACACUUAAUAUAAUAAUAUUUAUUUUUAACGUUGUAGCUGCGUUUUAACGUGUUAAGUCUUCCCCCUGAGAUUAAUUUCAAAUUAAUUAGUUUUAAGCAAAACCCUGAAUUAAGAUUGUAUAUUUUAUUUUUUAAUUAAUGCUCAGAUCACUAUAAUAAUAAAGAUUUUUAUAAGUACAAUAUGUUAA